UCAUGAACCAAAACUGUUUUCCUAUUGGCUGAAAAAAAGCUCCAGUCUAGGUCAUAUGACGUAACCACGCACACAUUCGACCUGUCCUUCAAGCCACAACACAGGCAAGAUGGUCGCAUACUGGAGACAGGCAGGCCUAAGCUACAUCCGCUACUCCGCCAUCUGCGCCAACGCGGUGCGCGCUGCGCUGAAGCCGCAGUUCAAAGGCGAGGCCGUGAGAGCCGCAGAGGCAAGCGUCAAAAUCCUCAAGCCCAAACCAGCAGCAUGAUCUGAGGCCAUGGUGUAGAUAGUUUCUUUCCCAGAGUUGUGAGGUCUGUCAGCAUCCCACCGUGCACACCUUGUUGUGACUGGAUGAGAAUGACGUGUGGAUGACAUCAAGAUGAUCUGCUAAGAGACUGGGGACCUGAGUUAGAUCCAUAUUCCUGUUUUUGUCCUGUUCAUUUGUAAUUAAAUCAUAUUAAAGAUGGAAAUUGGAACUACA